GAGUAGCUCCCAUGGCAAAAACCAUCUCUUUAUUCUCUCUUUUUAUCAUCUUCAUUAUCCAUUCAACCACAAACAGUUCAGUUGAGUGUGUUAAAAAUAUCAGCACUGAUCAAUCUGCUCUCAUUGCUCUAAAACAUGAAAUCACUAUUGCCAACCCAAAUAAUGUCUUGGUUCACAAUUGGUCCACUGAAAUUUCAGUCUGUCAUUGGAUUGGAGUCACUUGCGGACGACACCAUCAUAGGGUGGUCGCACUAAACAUUUCAAAUAUGGGUCUAUUCGGCCAACUUCCUGCAUCUUUAGGAAACCUCUCCUUUCUGUCCUCAGUGAACUUGAGCCACAAUAAUUUCACUGACGAAAUUCUACCGCAAUUAGGGAAUCUUCGUCGCUUAAAGGUGAUUAAUUUGCACCUAAACCACUUUGUUGGCUCUGUCCCAAGCUCCCUCUUCAACAUUUCAACACUUGAAAUUAUUGACCUUACAACUAACAGUUUCUCUGGUACUCUUCCAAGUAACAUAUGCCAUAACCUUCCAAAUCUAAAAGGGCUUUAUCUAGAUCGGAAUAGUUUUAGUGGUCGAAUCCCAGCAAAUUUAUCAGCAUGUUCAAGUCUCCGAGUGCUAGGAUUGGAAACGAAUCUGUUCAAUGGAUUUAUUCCAGGAGAAAUUGGAAAAUUAAAAAUGCUCGCGAGAAUUACACUUGCAGCUAACAAUUUAAGAGGUGAAAUUCCACCCGAGUUUGGCAAUCUUCACAACUUGAAGGCUUUGAGUUUGGAAGUAAACAAGAUUAAAGGAUCUCUACCAAAGACUAUUUUUAACCUCACUUCACUCCAAGUUUUGUCAUUGCACAAAAACAAACUAGUUGGACCCAUCCCUAAGGAGAUAGGAAAUUUUACUUCCAUCCGAGAGUUAAAUCUUUAUGAAAACUAUUUCACAGGUACGAUACCUCAAGAAAUUAGCAAGCUUAAUGAAUUGCAAGUUAUUGCUAUGCGGAACAAUAAUCUAAGUGGUUUGAUACCUAAAGGUAUAUUCAACAGUACAACCCUUAGAAUUAUUGAACUUUCAGUAAAUCACCUUUGGGGAAGUCUUCCAAACUCAAUAGGGUAUGGAUUACCCAAUCUUGAAGGGCUUUAUAUGUUCCAAAAUAAACUAAGUGGAGUAAUACCUCAAAGCAUCGCAAAUUGUUCUCGACUCUCAAUUAUAUCUAUUGCGAAUAACUACUUGAGUGGGUCCAUUCCAAACUCUUUAGGAAACCUUAGGUUCCUCCGCAGAUUUCAAGUUUUUGCAAAUAAGCUAUCAAGUGAGUCCUCAUCUUCUGAAUUAAGCUUCAUAACUUCUUUGACAAAAUGUAGAAACUUGAUUAUUUUGGAAGUGGGUGAAAAUUUUUUUAAUGGAAUUCUUCCCAAAUCCAUUGGAAAUUUUUCUUCCUCACUAGAAAAAUUGGUGAUAUCCCAUGUUGGGUUAAGGGGCACAAUCCCAAAAGAAAUUGGCAAUCUAAGUGGUUUAGAAAUUUUGGGAAUGUCUAUGAAUGACUUGACAGGAUUUGUUCCACACACCUUGAGUGGAUUACAACAUCUUAAACGAUUGUUCUUAUUUGAGAACAAAUUAAGAGGACCGCUUCCUUUCAGUCUUUGCAAGUUGCAGAAAUUGGGAUUAAUGGAUUUAAGCCAAAAUCAAAUUUCAGGCUCUAUUCCUGAGUGCUUAGGGAACCAUACAUUUUUAAGAUAUAUAUUCCUUGGUUCGAAUAGAAUAAUAGGUAGAUUGCCUUCAAGCCUAUGGAUUAUGAAAGAUCUUUUAGAGCUCAACUUGUCUUCUAAUUCGUUGAGUGGUGCUUUGUCUCCCGAUAUUGGAAAUCUAAAGGUUAUAAUCAAUAUAUGUCUGUCAAAGAAUCAAUUGUCAGGCAGCAUUCCAAGCACGAUAGGAAGCUUGCAGAGUCUCAUACUGCUUUCUCUAGCACACAACAAUCUAAAUGGACAAAUACCAAAGUCAAUAGGUGGGAUGUUAAGUUUGGAAUCACUAGACUUGUCUCAUAACAAUCUUAGUGGUUCAAUUCCUGCAUCUAUGCAAGAAAUUCGAUAUCUUCGGAAUUUGAAUGUCUCUUUCAAUAGAUUAAGCGGUGAAAUCCCAUCAAAUGGUCCUUUUAGAAACUUCACAAGUCUAUCAUUCUUGUUUAAUGAAGCAUUAUGUGGAGAUCCAAGGUUUGGUGUUCCUCUAUGCCAUAAAAGUGUAGUUCAAAGGUCAAAAGCAAAAAGAAUGCUUCGUUAUAUUUUUAUGGCUUUAGGAAUAAUAGUUGUUAUGCUAGCUAUGAUGGUGGGAAUUGUGCUGAUUAUGUUUUGGAGACGGAAAAAGGUUACAAAGAAAGAAGAUUUGGUGCCAAUUGUGAAAGAAGUGGAGAGAAUAUCAUACGAUGAACUUUCAUGUGCAACAAAUGGUUUCAAUGAAAGGAAUGUGCUUGGUACAGGGAGUUUUGGAGUUGUUUACCAGGGGGUUCUUAAUGAUGGAACAAUCUUGGCAAUAAAGGUGUUUAAAAUGCAAGAAGAAGGUACAUUCCAAAGCUUUAAUGCAGAAUGUAAAAUAUUGUUCAACCUUCGUCACCGAAAUCUUGUGAAAGUGCAAGGUUAUUGCUCAAACCCAAAUUUUAAAGCAUUGGUCCUUGAGUACAUGCCAAAUGGGACUUUUGAGGAAUGGUUAUAUUCUGAAAAUCACUUCUUGAAUAUCACUCAAAGAUUGAAUAUAAUGAUUGAUGUGGCAUGUGCACUAGAGUAUCUUCACUAUGGUUAUACAACUUCUGUGGUUCACUGUGAUCUAAAACCGAGUAAUAUUUUACUAGAUGAGGAUAUGGUUGCCCAUGUGGCUGAUUUUGGAAUUGCAAAAUUAUUGGGCAGUGAUGAUAGCAAAGCAUACACAAACACCCUUGCCACAUUGGGCUACAUUGCACCAGAGUAUGGAUUUGAAGGAUUAGUGUCAACAAAAUGUGACAUUUACAGCUAUGGCAUUUUGUUGAUGGAAACUUUUACCAGAACAAAGCCUAACAGUGAUAUGUUUUCGGAAAAUGUGAGUUUAAGGAGUUGGGUUGAAGACUCUUUGCCUGACAAAGUAAUUAAUAUCUGUGAUAUAAAAUUGCUUACUCCAAAUGACAAACACUUUAAUGAAAAAGUAAAUUGUUUGUCCUCUAUUAUGGAAUUGGCUUUGAAGUGCUCUGUAGACUCUCCAGCAGAAAGGAUUGGAAUAAGGGAAAUUCUUGCAACACUACACAAGAUUAAAUAUCAGUUUAUUACAUAUUUCAAUAAGUAGUGAAUAUGAACUCUUUUUGGUCCUAUUCAAGUUCCAAAAUUGAUGUAUUUUUCACUUUUUCCUUUUUACAUUUGUAUAAAGUGUGUAUACAUUGUGUUUGUCUUGGUACGGUUCUUGAAUUUGACAACAUUGUGGUACUUUAAGGUUUUGAUUUCUGUGUUGUGUUAGUCUCCUUUUUUUUCCC